AUGGGAGUUUUAACAUACAUUUUUGGGAAACUAAUUUAUCCAGUUCUAUUUACUUCAGGAGCAACUAUUUUUGCUUUCAGAUUAGGGAAUGAACUUCCAAUUGCAGCAAGAAGAGCUGGUUAGUCUAUCGGAAUGAGCUAUAAUUAUUUCAAAGUUACUCUUAAGUUUUUCACACCUGAAUCCAAGCAAGCGAAUGAAAUAAUUUCAUAAUUCAGGCGAACUUCCCAAUAAGCUCAUGCAUUCACUCGUGAAUUUAAGCAUAAUCUAAGCAAGGAAAAGAAAAACCUUCAAAAAUAUGUGCCUGAAUUAGGAAUAGAUCCUCUUAAGCCUAAUGAGAUCAGAUUUAUUUUGAAGACUUAGGGUGAGGAUGAAGAGAAUCAGGAUAAAGUAGAAGAUUAAGAUAAAAAGCAAUAGUCACCUUAGAAGUAGGUUAAUGGGAGUGUAAUAAUGCAAGAAAUGAUGAAAGAUAGAAGGGAAUUGAUUGAAUUUAAACAUAAAAAGCGAAUGGAGGAGGAACAUUAUUUAAAGUUUUGA